AUGCGUUGUGUAGGUGAAGUAUUUAAAAAUGCAGUAUGAUUGAGAGACGAGAGUCGUAAAUGAAUCGUUCAAGGAUAGGUAGAGAGUUCUGUAAGAGCUAAAAGUAAGGUGUGAUGUUAUUACUUCUAUUCAGUAGUUUUAGUAUAUUAAUAUCUAUUUAAAUAAUGAUAAUAUAGUUUAUAUUGCAUUCACUUAAAAAAGAUUAUUGAAAAAAAAUUAUUAACUUAAAUCUACAAAAAAUAUAUAGAACUAAUAAAUAUAUAAAAGGAAGAAAUUUUAUGUGAAAAAAUAAAUUGAAGAUAUGUAAUAAAAUAUGUACAUUUGAAUAAUGUUUUAUUCUUGAGUAAACAGAAUUUAAUUCAUUAUAAUUAUAUAUUUGUAUGUAUUGUGAACGUAGUUAAUUUCCAACUGAGCUGUAAUGAACAAUAACAGAAAAUUAUUCUACAUACAGGAAUGAAUCAAAGAUGAAGAAUAACAUUUUAUUAUUUAAAACUUCCAGUUCAAGAAAAACAAAUUUAAAAAUUUAUCAUUUAUUUUGUUUCAUGUUUUCAAUUUCUUUUUUCUCAUAGAAUUAUACUUCCUUUUUUUUUUUUAUCAUAACUACAAGGACCCUGUAUUAAAAGAAAAUGAAAUUAGUACAUAAUAUUCAUACAAUUCUUUACAUAAGACCCAAGGCAUUGAGUUUACAUGCACAUCUAUACAUAUUACCACCACAAACUUAUAUACUCCUAACUGUAAACAAUCCUACGCGUUCCAUGUAUAAAUCAGCUUUAAUCAAAUAAGGUUUGACGGUAAGGUUAAAUAGAUUAACCAUCCAAAUAGUCGAUACACCGGAAAGAGUUAAUGUAACCUAACUGUAUACCGUCACCACUUUCAAUUACAUCCGCACCAUAGUCAGUCUUUCGUUACAUCGUAUCGUUGUAUUGAUUGUAAGACGUAUCGUGCAUGUACAUAUGAUACGCAUAUUGUGUCUUCUACUAGUACAUUGUCUAUCCGUGGCUCCAAGUCAGUGCACUCUUUGAUUUGUAUAUAGUAUCUACGUCUGUACAAUAGAUCGUUUAUACACGAUAGUUAAUUAUACGAUUGGAAAUGUCAUUUCCUUGAUUAAGUGACAGUGCUUUUUUCUCAAACUGUAUCGGUUUUCCGAUCGAUGAUUUUUCAGUAACGAAAUACUCCACUGAAAAUAAUGCUAGGGUGAGCCAUAAAUCUGUUUACGUAGACGCAUAAUAUUUCUGUCAUUUCAGUUUGAUAAUGCAGCUCUUUGAAUGAUAAGAUCCACAUCAACAAUACCUUUUUUUCACUUUUAUCAAUGCAUGAAAUAUAUGAUAGCAACUAAUGUUGAAAAAUUUCUUUUUGAUGUGUUUCUAUUAACUUUCUUAUCAUUAUGUUUUAACAUACAACAUUGUACCAUGAACAGUAUUAUAAAUUAGAAUUUGUUAGGAUAUUAACAAAUUAAUAUUAAUACUUAAUUUUAUUUUCUUGACAGUCUAAGAAAAUGCUUUUGCAAAUGCAUUUUAGGUAUAGGUUAAAAUAGGUUUUUAAACUGUACGUCCCUUACAUCUAUUUAUAUUAUUAGUAAUAUUAUAUUCUACUAGUUUGUCAUAUUUACACGUGAAUAUACGUAUAUGUAUACGUCUAUUUUAGUGCUUCUUCCAUUCUAUAAUGUACUAAUCAGUCUUUAAUUUAAUUCUAGAUGUCACACUAUAGAAAAACAGACACUCAGAGAUCUGCGGUGAUUGAUUAUGAACGUCAGUUCCAAGAAGAUUUAGAACGUGCCCAAGCAUUGAGUUUGGAGAGUUUGGCACUAGAGAAAUUUAAAUUACAAAAGCAGCAAUCAGAUUUUAAUAAUAUUCAGCAUCAAUGUAUUCCACAAAAUGAUGGGAAUAGCACUGUACAUAGUAGUUCGUCUGAAAAAGAUAACAUACCACAAACUGAGAAAUUUCAGUGUAGAAGUAGACCAAGGCCUGGUUCCUUUAAUACCAAUCAAUCUAAAAAUGCUGUGAUAUUAGCACCACCACCAGUUCCAUCUAGAAGAAAUUCAACAACAGCUACCACAAGUCAAGACACUGUUGAUUUGAUUAAUUUCACAAGUCCAGUGAAACAAGAUAAUUUAAGUGAUUAUUAUUCACCUCCACCUCCACCUCUUAGGAAAACAACUGUAGAGCCAAGCUGGGAAACUCAUCCCUCAUUAUUGAAAAAACAGGGAAGAGUAUCACGAAGCACUAGUUCUGCAGGUUAUCAUCCUCGAGACUUUCGAUAUCAAUCACUUUCUCCAGGACCUAGAUCUUCCACUGCACCUUGUACACCAGGAACUCCAAAAAUUAGUCCUGUUAUGUCAAGAUCUAGUAGUAUUAGCAGUAAUGUACCUGAUAUAACACCACAAAUACCUCCACUACCUAUGAAUUAUAGACCAAGUGUUACUCCUUCUACAUGUGGUAUUCAAAAAUCUACAUUCUGUGCGGAUGAUGAACAGCUAAGUGUAUUAAAAGUGAUAGAGAAAAAGCCAAAUAAUAAUCUUAUAGAUUUGAGUUCUUUUGAUCAAGUAGAAGAUAAAACAAAUGUUCGAGUUAGUGUACUAGAAGCAUUUGAUCCAUUACUUGUUAAGAUUGAAGAUCAGAACGAUAGUGGACAAGGACAUAAAGAUGAAAUGCAAUCUCAAGUGAGUGGAUCGGUGUAUGAUCCAUUCGAUCCUUUCGAUUACAUGUAUAGCACAAACGAAAGUGUUAAUUCAGAUCCAGUAUAUGUUGCUGUGGAAAAGUCUGCUAAAUCUCCAGCGGUAUCUCCAGCUGCACCACCACCUCUACCUCCUAGAAAUUCAUCAGCUUGGAAUACUAUUGAAAGAAGAAGAACUUCUUUAGAUAGAAGAAAACGACAAACGCGUUUGUAUGAAAAUGUAACUGUGAGAAAAACCAGACCGUCACUUCGUGAUUGCGAUCUUAGAGCUUUCUAUGAAAUGAUAAAAUCUGUUCGAGGUGAAUUUCCGUUUAAUAAUCCCAGUACAAACAUUGGACAUGUAAUUAGUCCGAUGAUGGAAAACUUAUAUCCUGAAAGCACAAGUAUAAAAUUAGUUGUACACCCGCAAUUAAUGGAUUCUGACGAAAAUACUCCGUCCAUUUCGUUUACAUGCGAUGUAAAUUGUAGUGUUGAGCAUGUUAUUCUUAAUAUCGCUUGUUCCUUAGAAGAUGAAGAUAUAGUAAAUAUAGAGAAAUAUUGUUUGAGAGUAUGGGGUUUAGCAGAAUAUUUUGCACCUAAUACGACUUUAGCUCAAUAUGAAUAUAUACAUCAAUGUAUCAAAUUAGAAAAAGAUAUCGAAUUAGCUAUUCUAACUAAAACACAAAUAAAACGAUCUAUAGCACGAACACUUCAAGAUGAUAAUCGUGAUCAGUGUCUCAAGUUAGAAGAUAUUCUUCCAAACGAACCAGUACAACCUAUUUCGUAUGAUACACUUCUUAUCUUGUUAGAAACUGUAGAAAAAGAAAUGGAACGUGUGGAAACUGCUGCUAUACAAUUGGCAACUACUAAUCAUGGUUCCGGUCUUUUACCACAAUUACAACCCCGUGGUGUUGUCCAAGCAGUAAAAGCAGUAUGCGCAUUAAUGGGAAGCAUCGAGACAUUUGAAAUUACUGAAGCUGUCGAUAAUUUUGUGAAUGCAUGUUGUCAAUUUUUACCUCAAGUUCAUACAGCAAAUAUAGAGUGCAAGAAACCAGAGAUUCUACAUGAAGAUGGCGAUUACUCCGUAGUAACUUUAAGAACAAAAUUUCCAGAUGUUAUUGCAUCUCAUUGUCGAAAAGUUCGCGAUGCAAUUCAAGAUCUUGUAGAAACUUACUGUCAUGCAUUUAGAGUCGAUUUUGAAUUAAACAGCAGGGGAGAAUUUCCAACAAAUACAUUAAUAUCGUCUGAAGUAUUAGAUACUGUCUUAGUUCGUGUUGGAGCAUUACAUAGAUUACCAGGAUCGUGGAAACACGACGAUUAUAUCGUCGCAACUCAAAUAUUUCAUGGAACAAGACCUGUUGGAAAUCCAGUUUUAUCUGAACCUAUGGCAGUCAGUUCUAAUUUUUAUCCAAGAAUUUUAUUUAAUUCGCUGGAAUUUCGGGGAAUAAGCGUAUGUCAAGUACCAAGAGAAGCUAGAUUAGUGUUGGUUUUAUACGGCCGGACAUUGCAACCUACUGAACACGAGUCUAAUUCGUUAGCAGAAAAUACCAUGCAAAAAGAAGAGCUAGGAUGGGGAGCUAUACAAUUCUUUGAUUACGAAGGAGUUAUGAGUCAAGGAAGCUUCUUUUUGUCACUUUGGCCAGCAAUCGCCGAUAAAAGAUUAGGUCCUGCUCCCGCUCCUGGAAUUCAUCCUCAUGGAGAUACGCAUGCUAUCAUUGGUGUAGAAUUACCUGAUUAUGGAGGCAGAGUACUGUUUCCUACAGAAUUGCGCGAUUAUGAUGUAGAAUCUCUUGAUUUUAAUUCACUCGACCAAAAUACGCAAGAAUUAUUAAUAGAUAUCACACAACAAACUACAUUUUCAAGACCGCUUAUUGAAGAAAGAGAAAUUCUAUGGGAAAAGCGGCAUUAUUUACAUGAUAAACCUGAAGCUUUACCUAAAGUACUUUUAGCUGCACAUAGUUGGGAUUGGGCAUGUUUACCCGAUCUUCAUGCAUCUCUUAGAAUUUGGAGUCCUUUGCCUCCUGUUCAAGCUCUGCAUUUUCCAGAUAUGAAAGUUAGAGAAAUGGCCGUUGGAUGGAUUCGAGAAUUGAGCAAUGACGAACUUGUAGAUUAUUUACCACAAUUAUUACAGGCGUUGAAGCAUGAAACAUAUGAAACGUCUCCUCUUACAAAGUUUCUAUUAGAACGAGCUUUACUUUCUCCGCGGGUAGCUCAUCAUAUCUAUUGGUUAUUAACACAAGCGUUACCAGGACAAAGUCCUCAAAAUUCUGCUGAAACUACACCAGAAGACGACAAAAAUAUUAGUUCAGCACGUUAUCACAGAAGAUUACAAUUAAUGUUGAGGGCAUUAUUGGCUGUCAUUGGAGAUGCAUUAAGAAAUAGUUUUCUUACUCAACAGUUGCUUGUUAAAAAUUUACAUGAAGUAGCAGAAAAUAUUAAGCAGACAAAGGAAUCAUUACGACUGGAUGCGCUCAAAGUUGGUUUGCAAAAUAUACAUUGUCAAUUAAUGGAAGAUGAUGGUACUUGUUUACCAUUAUCUCCUAGUAAACAAGUAUUUGGUAUAAAUGUACAAAGUUGCUCAUAUUUUCCGUCAUUUACUCUUCCAUUGAAAAUCAACUUCAUUAGCUGUGAUGAUGUGAUUUGCCCAGCAAUUUUUAAAGUUGGAGAUGAUUUGCAACAAGAUAUGUUAACUCUCCAAAUGAUGCGCAUAAUGGAUAAACUCUGGUUAAAGGAAGGUCUUGAUCUUAAAAUGGUAACAUUUGCCUGCGUGCCUACCGGCUAUAAACGUGGAAUGAUAGAAAUGGUUACAAAUGCAGAAACACUAAGAAAAAUACAAGUUGAGUUCGGCCUAACUGGAUCGUUUAAAGAUCGCCCUAUUGCCGAAUGGUUGGCGAAGCAUAAUCCUUCAGAGUUAGAAUAUGAACGAGCAGUAGAAAAUUUUACUGCAUCUUGCGCGGGUUAUAGUGUUGCUACAUAUAUUUUAGGAAUUUGUGAUAGACACAAUGACAAUAUUAUGUUAAAAACAUCAGGUCAUCUGUUUCAUAUUGAUUUUGGAAAAUUCUUAGGUGAUGCGCAAAUGUUUGGAAAUUUUAAAAGAGACAGGACACCAUUUGUAUUAACAUCUGAUAUGGCUUAUGUUAUAAAUGGUGGAGACAAGCCAUCAGCUAAAUUUCAUCAUUUUGUCGACUUAUGUUGUCAAGCAUUUAACGUAGUACGAAAACAUGGAAAUCUAAUUCUCCAUCUAUUUGGAUUGGUAUGUUUAUUUAUAUCAUUAUAGUUUCAAAAUUUAUACCGAAAUAUUGUUAGUAAUUAAAUUUAAAGAAAGGAAAAUGA